AAUCCCGAUUCCGUAUCCCUGUUCUGUCUCUUGCUUGUUUAGUCUCCUCUUCCUCAAUCAUCAUCUAAAACUCAAAAAAUCUCUUCUUUUUGCGGCUUUUGCUCCGAGAAUCAACCAAUCAUGUCCAAAUUUUCGAGAUUUUCUAUCGCUCUCUCUUAUUUUCUCUUCGUCUCAACGAUUACUGGAGCCACUGAUGUCAAGUACUGCGAUAAUAACGCAGAGUAUGAAGUAAAGGUCCAAGGGGUUGAUAUAUCGCCAUAUCCUAUAGCUAGAGGCGAGCCAGCCACUUUCAGCAUCUCUGCUAACACAGACACGGUGAUCUCAAGCGGAAAGUUGGUGAUCGAAGUUUCAUACUUUGGAUGGCAUAUUCAUUCUGAGACACAUGAGCUUUGUGAUGAGACUAAAUGUCCCGUGGCGAUUGGAGAUUUCUUGGUUGCGCACUCUCAAGUUCUACCUGGAUAUACUCCUCCUGGUUCAUACUCACUUAAAAUGAAGAUGCUUGAUGGGCACAAGAAGCAGUUAACAUGCAUCAAAUUCUCAUUUGAGAUUGGCUUUGGAUCAUCCGUGGCCGAUAUUUAGAGAGAUUUGCUGCUCCCUGGAAUAUACCAUGGAAUAACUCCAUUUGCUUUGUAUAAAAAAAAACAACACCCUUUUCUUUUUUUACCAAAAUUGUUGAUCAAAAACCAUUCGAAAAUUCUCAUUCUUGUUCUCAUGUUGGACUAUUUAUGAAAAAAAAAAAACAAAUUUAGA